CACGAACACAGCUGUUCGUGCUGUUUAAUUUAAAAACGAAGAAAGAUAUUUGCGCGGAACUCAGUUGUGCGCUAAACUUUGCAAUCGUCGGGCCAGACCAGUUUCACCAGGCUGAUCGAGAGAAAUGGAAUCGUCAGCGCUUACAUCUGUUGUCAUGCUGGUGCUGCUCGCCAUCCUCGCUGGAGGGGAGGCGGCACUACCGUAUCGCUCUUCAUCGUAUCGCUAUAGUCAGCAGUUCUGCAUGGACACACAGACCGGGCGCCAGCUGUAUGUUGGUGAGGUUUUCACACGCCUGGAACAAUGCAUGAGGGUUCAGUGCCUGGGCACUCUGCAGCUCUGGGAAGACAGUUGUCUAGUGCCCAGCACCAUCAAGGGCGACUGCAGGUCCAUUCCGCCAACAGAGUCUAAUCUUGAAUACCCCAGGUGCUGUCCGCUGUAUGAAUGCAAGACAUACGAGUCGAGCGCGGAAGGAACACUGGAGCAAACAAACACUUACGACCACAAUGGCUCGCUGCGCAAGUCACACCUUACCGAAGUGAUAGUCAUCAACAAAAAGCCGCGAUUAGAUCCGGAGGACUCUGCCAUGGGAGCCAUACGCAGAAACUAUGUGUAAACUCGGCACCCAAACUUUUUUGCUUGUAAUUGAUAUUGUGAUUGUGUGGAAUUAGGCCUUACUUAGUUGUAGUUUCAGCUGUUGCGUUGUAAUUUGAUGAAGGAAAACAAUAAAUAGAAGGAAACAUGUAUUGUA